UUACACUCAUCCGGUGCCUUGACCCGGAAGCGGCCCUUUCCCGGCCACUCGCACGUGGAGCCAUGGCGGCCCCGCGCGCGGAGGAGCUGCUGGCGGGCGUGGAGCCGGCGGCCCUGCCGGCGCGGAGCCUGGUGGUGCACAAGGAGCUGGAGCUGGACUUCGACCUGGGCAACCUGCUGGCGCGGGACGGCAACCCGCCACCCCGCGCCGCCGCCGCCGCCCAGCGGGAGGCCGCACUGCGGGCGCUGGCGCGGGACAACGCGCAGCUGCUGGCGGCCGAGCUGUGGGCGCUGCCGGCGCGGCGGCCCGAGGGGGAGGCGGCGGGGCCUCUGCUGGCCGAGCUGCCGCCGCCCGCCACCCGCCUGCCCCGCGAGAAGCCGCCGCCGCGCCCGCGGCCGCCCACGCGCUGGGAGCGCUUCGCGCAACUCAAGGGCAUCCGACGGCGUAAGCGGCCCUCGCUUGUGUGGGACGCGGCGGCCGGCGAUUGGCGGCGGCGCUGGGGCUACGGGCGGGCGGGCGGCGACCCGGCGCGGGCGUGGCUGGCCGAGGUGCCGCCCGGGGCUGACCCGCUCCAGGACCAGCUGGGACGGCAGCGGCGGGAGAAGCGCGAGCGCGUGGCGCGCAACGAGUUCAGCCGCCUGCGCAACCUGGCACGUGCCAGCAGCUUCCACCCCACUGGCCACCAGGGCCGCCAGGAGCUGGGCCGUGCCGCCUGCCUGGCCCGUGCCUCCACCGCCUCGCUCGGCCGCUUCCAGCCGCGCCUGCCCCGGGAGUCGCCUCUGCCCCUGCCACGCAGCGCUGGCAGCGGCAAGAAGAAGCGGCGCUUCGCACCUCUGCUGGGGGACCUGGCGGCCGAGCGCGGGCGGCAGCUGGAGUUGGUGCGCACGCUGGCCAAGCCACCACCACUGGACGUGGCGCGCGCCACCAACAAGCAGCUGCGCCAGGAGGACGCCGAGGUGGCAUCAACGAGUCGCGCCAAGGGCCGCAAGCGCAGCGAGCGUGGAAAACGGGCACGAGGGCGGGGCACCCCCCAGCAGCGCCGCCGGGGGCAGCAGAAGCAGCAGCGCCCGGCUGGGGGCAAGAGGAGGAAGCGCUGAGCAUGGCCUGGGCCCUGCCUGGGAUUCCCCCCCACCCUCGUGUGUCUGGGGGAGGGCAAUCUCUCCCAGCCCAGAGUGGAGCUGGGGUACCCCCCAAGAGACAGGGCACAGGCCUGAGCCAGAAGGACUUGCUCCCCAUUUAUAUGACAGGACCCCAUUCUCGUUUGUCUUCUUGUGGCUGCGCUCAGAGGCUGGAGAUGCUUUAGCAGGACUGACUGGUUACAAACAGCACAAUAGACAUGGGCAUUUGCUUUUGAGAGGGUUUCUGGGACUGCGUUGUGGAAGGACUUAAAGAGGGUUGUUCCAUGUGUUAAAUGAGCCAUUGAAAGUCAGCGGCUGUUUCCAAGCUUACUUUUUUGCUAAGCAGCCUAAGUAUGUUCCUCCAACUCUGUCACCCCUUCAUCUUUUCUCCAAGCUAUCCCAGAUGGGUUUGGUUUAUUUUGUGUUCUGCCCUCUAUUAAAAUUGUAAGAGCUAUAAAAAUACUGCAGGUCCAAAGUGUCUCUUUCUCAUGGCCUAGAAAAGCAGAGAUGGGUCUGAACAAGAAAAAGUUCACUGUGUGUAUGCAAUUCCUUUCUGUGCUGCUGAAAUGUAGACCAAAGGUUGUGAGGAAUCACUUUCUAGAAUUGCUCCCUACUGUGAGAAGGAUGUUGCAAUAAAUGAAGAUUUUGUGGUU